GCUUCUUCUCGCUCGCGAGACAGCGCGAACCCAGCAACUUUCCUUGGUGAUCAGCGGCAUUCAAGAGAAAGGCUACCUGGAAUUUAUAGCGCAAAAGAGCUAGAGCAAUCGGGCAAUGCGGAAAUAGGUGGACAGUUCAUGUCACCGAGUUUGCAUCCCUCUCCCAGGCUGAGGAUCUGAGAGCUCGCAGGGAUUGCAAUUAAGUGACAACUAUUUCCCCCCCACCCCCUUCCUUUUUAUUAUUGCGCUCUUGUAUUCCUAAGAUUACCUACUGUAAAGUACACUUCACGGAAGAUUUGAAGAAUUCAUUUGCUUUCUCUGUUUUUGACCCUGGGCUAAGAAAGAAAGAAAAAACACACUUGGGGAUCAAAGCAAGUUGCUUUCUUUUUUGCGAGCAUCAACAUGGACGUGUUGGCGAAUUACAGUAUUUUUCAGGAACUUCAGCUUGUGCAUGACACGGGCUACUUCUCGGCGAUGCCGUCGCUGGAGGAGAACUGGCAGCAGACAUGUUUGGAGCUGGAGAGGUACCUGCAGACGGAGCCCAAAAGGCUUUCAGAACUCUUUGACGAGGAGCUCGACUGCCUCCUUACACCAGCCUUUAUAAAAGGAGACAGUGACGAGGACCUGAUAGACCCUUUGCUGCCCACCUUAGUUAACGAAGCCAGUCCGCCACCUCUGCUUGUGUCCCUUCCAAAGAAUCUCCACGCCCCGGCCGGUAUCAAGAGCACUGAGGCAGGGGUGAAAGAGACCAGUGGAGGGGUGAAUCCUGCCCAGCUAAACGCUGUUACAUCCCUCACACCACCUUCCUCACCCGAGUUGGGACGUCACCUCUUUAAGCCCACUCAGACUCUUACCGCCACAGCCGAUGGCACACUCACACUCAAACUGGUGGCCAAGAAAGUGGGUCUUGGGGCAGCAAAGCUAGUGGCAACACAUUCGCUACCUUCACCAUCAAACCGCCGAGCACAGAGUGAUGGAGAAGGAGGACUGGGGACAGCAGGCGGAGGGGACAUCCCUGAGAACAAAAAAAGGGUCCAUCGUUGCCAGUUUAAUGGCUGUAGGAAGGUUUACACAAAAAGCUCCCAUCUAAAGGCACACCAGAGGACACAUACAGGUGAGAAGCCUUACAAAUGUUCCUGGGAGGGCUGUGAAUGGCGUUUUGCACGAAGCGACGAACUGACGAGGCACUACCGCAAACACACCGGUGCCAAACCUUUCAAGUGCAACCACUGUGACAGAUGUUUCUCCAGGUCUGACCACUUGGCUCUGCACAUGAAGCGACAUAUCUAAGACUGAGGGAGAAGAGAGAGAGAGAGAGAGAGAGAGAGAGAGAGAAACAAAGACUAAAAGAGUGAGAUCGAAGAGAAGAACAGGUGUGCACCACCCAGAUGAGAACAUUCACAACAGACACUGGGUGCACACAAGGGGUCUGGCCGCAAACUUCACCACAAGGAAUAUGCGAGGCAGUGUGGGCAAACGUUGUUGGAAUCUACACGCUCUCAAUACAGUCCAGCCUUUUCAUCAGCGAUUAGCCAUGCCUUACCAAGCCAUAGCAUGGAGGUCAGACACUGCCAAACACCACUUUUUUUUUUCCUUCAUUCUCUUUUGUACAGUAAAACACCACAAGCAUGGGAUAAAAAAAACUUGUGAACAACACAUCAUGUACAAAAUCCAAACGUACAUCUCAUUCAUUACAUAAGAGGAGCGUUCUACUAGAUAAUCCUGCUCAUUGUACAUUCUGGAACUUCCUUCUGUUUCUUUUUCAAUCAAGGCCACAUCACAAUAACCAACCUGCAGCUAUGUCGUAUACAGCAAGCAACCAAACUCGGAAAACAACAUUGCCAAUACAUUCUGAGGAUUUACUAAUGGAACUAGCGGCCAAACAUAACGCCUGACCCCCAAAAGCAGGCUCUGCUUUAAAAAACAAAACAAAAGAAAAUGCAGCAUCGGCAAUGCUCAGGAUGUGUGCUGAUUUCUUGUACUCUUCGCUCAGGAGCGAACUCUUCUCUGCUCUUCACAUCUGUCACCUCACUGGUGACUGAAACGAUGCGCAGCGACACUUUCUUGCCUUUGUUUUUUUUUUUUAAGACAGUGUUAAAAAGAUGGUUUGUUUUCCUUCUGAGCUGAAUUGUCUUAAACUUGUGAAAAGUAAAAAAACUCGCUUUGCAUACACAAGCAUAAAUGUGCACAUAUGGGCCAUGGGGGGAAUUGUAAGCCCUUCUCAGUAUGCACAAGGUUCGACUCAGUGGCUGCUAUUUGGCACUGAAAGCGAAAAAGUUUGAAAAAGACAGAAACAGAAACCCCCAAAAGAUCGGGAUUGUUGGCUUGGUAUGAAAGGACAGAUGUCUUCUGUUUUUCAUUUUGCUUUGCUCUGAUUUGAUCUGGGAAAAGCAAACCAAAUGCAACAUGGCAUCAGCACGGACCUUGUGUGAUGCUCUUGACACUGGAAAAGCUCUUUGGUUUUGUGUUGAUACUGGCACCUGUGUAGCCCUGUGUUGAACCAGGGCUUUGGGGGGAUGGAUAGCAGGACGUUUGACUCUCAGAUUGUGGAGCACAUGCUGGGAUCAGGAUCCAAAAGAACUUGGUGGCAUCAGCCCAGACAAACUUUGCCUGUUUUGUAUCCAUUGUCUGCACUGAUUUUUUCAAUGUUCUCUGUGCUUUUUUUCAUACAGUAAAGAAAAUCUCAAAAACAACACAAAAAAAAAAUAAAAAAAAAAUAAAAACAACUAGGAGGGAAAAAAAUCCGCAAACAAAAAAAAUUCAGAAAAAAACUAAAAAACUCUUUCACACACACACACACACACAGUACAUAGAAUGGUGUUUUUGCUCCUGGCUUUUCCUGAGAAAAAAACUAAAAUCUCAACAACAAAAAAAUGUAGAAGAAUAAUUACCAAGAUAAUGAACAGCGUUAAAACAAAACACUGCAUGGCAGCCUCUUUCAGACAGAUACACACACUUGCACACAUACAUGCACAGCUUGCCUCUCAGCAUUAUUUGUUUUUCACCAAAAUCUUCACAGCAGGGUUUUAGCAAUUGUUGUUUUGUAGGAUUGCAUUCCAUCCAGACGUCAGACUUUAAAAUGAGAGCUUGUUGAUGUAUUCUGGUAAAUUAUGUCAAACCGGGCCUAGGUCUAGCUCUGUGUUAACAAUCAGCUUCUAAAUCAUGGGUACAAAAUAUAUAUCAUUGUUCCCAAGGUUGUGAAGCCUGCCAUGGCACUGCAGUCAGGGCGUUUCUCCACUGACCCUCCUCUUCUCCACUGAUUUAUUGGCUGCUGAGGGUGGAGAGGAGAUUGAAAGCCAUUAUGAUUCAGCAGUUACAUGUUUGAAGUCAUCGCAGACUCUACUAAACGUUCCCAGAGUAUACCUUAGGGGACUGGAGCUACACAAUCAAUACCAAAACUCUUAGUGCAGAACUGCUUAAGAGUGAAGUGUUGGUGUCUUUCUCUUGGUUUGAGGCCUGCUGAAGGCAGCUCUUCUGUCACAUAUACAAACACACACACUCACCGUCAAUGCAUUUUACUCUGAACCAUCCAAUUGAUUUGCCCAUUUUUUAUUUCUUUUAACCUAGGUUUGGUUUGUUUUCUCGAGCUAAUUGUUAUUUUGUCCAGUGAACUGCAAAGUCAUGCCAAACCUUCGAUGAAAUGGGGGAUGAAUUGGUUUAUCUCCACUAAUGUACAAUCAGUUGUGGUUUUUGGCACUUUCCACGAGGAGCGGCAUGUGUAUGUGACGAUUGUAUGUAUGAGUUUCUGCAAAGUCAGCCAGCAGGACAUUUUGCUACAGUAUCAUAAUUACAUUGUCAAUAACUUGCCACAUUAAUGGAAUCUGUGGGACAGUGUACAGCAUUCUUCAUGUGUCAAACCAAUUUAGAAAGACUGAUAUCUAGAAAAACAGCUUUGAAUUUAGCAAAAGGGUUACAUUUCCAUUUUACUCAAAGAUUGCUGUGAUGAAAAGCAACAUUUAUUUCUCGCUGAUCUGGCCUCCUGUGACUCUAAUGAGUUUUUGCUCCCUAAGAAAAUGAAGAUUCUGCUUCUUCCUACAGUCACCAUAUGGACACAACAGCAGGAAAGCAGAGACCAAAAAAUAGCAUCAUAUCAUUUCCCUGACACUGAUGAACAAUGAAGCCACUGAACACAGUCUUCAAAUAAACAUUGAAAAUAUACAUAUAAAUAUCAUAUAUUUAAAUACAGCUCAAAGCCAUGUUGAAUGCAAAAUUACAAAUGAAGAUCCCUUCUCUUUUUUUGCCAAGAUGUUCCACACGUAACCAAAUGAAUAUGGAACUGGCAAAUCAAAUUCAUUAGCAGGCAGCAUGCCAUACAAUCCCUUCACAUAUCAAGUGCCAUUUGAAAACCCCAUUCUCUCACUCUCAGAUGAACAGCAGUGGUCCACACGCCAUCUAUCGCACAGGCAUCCAAUGCAUACUUAGACUUUGCCCAAAGAUUUACGCAUUUGCAAAUAAACUGCUGGGUGUUGAAAGAGAGAAAGAGAAAUUUUACUUUAGAUUCUAUUCUAAACUCAGUAUAUAUCUCCGAUUCUGCCCUCCACCAGCCUCCUCUUAAUUUGUUCUUGAACGUCUGUGUGACCAUUGGAUGGUCUCUAGUAUGUGUGCUUGUAAAAAAAUGGUCAUGUUGGUUUGAAUGCUAAGUCGAAGAACCCUAGCCGUGAAGUUGCAAACAGCGAAUUAGUCGCAUCGGUUCUAGUUUACUGCAUAGUCAGUGCAGGAUGUCUUAAGAAGUACUUUCAAGGUCACGCAUGCCUUUAGAAACAACAUUCUGAAUAUCGCCGAAACACUGGUUAAAAUGUUGUCUUAAAGUGAUAGCUCACAUUAUUCUCAAUUCCUAACACAAUUCUGAAUUGCGAACUGUACAGAAGACCACCUUAUCUACUGCGAGUUAUCUAUACGAAAUUAAGAUAAUGACGUAGAGGAGUGUUUUACAUGAGAGUUAAGAAUGUUUGAAAACAUUCUAAGGGAACAAUUUUGUGAACUAGUGAUUUGGGCACUCUUCCAGUGAAUAUCCCUUUCCAAGCUGUUUGCUUUAUAGCUUCAAAGAGGCUUAUGGCAGCUUUUUAAAUUUUAUACAAAAAAAAUGCUUGAAACAUCACAAGGGGAUUUUAUGAAAAGGGUCAGAGGCAACUAAGACAUCUUUUCAGUUUUUAAUGUAAUUUUUUGAAAAUUAUUUCACUCCAUAACUAACACUUGUCAUAGUUACUGCUAGCUUAGUCUGUUUAAUGACAGCUGUUGAUUGUCUGCAUAACAUUUUGUAGCAUUUCAAGAUGCACUUAUCAGAAGUAUGUGAACACUUAAUUUUUCAGCUUAUUUAAUAUGUAAGCUUUAAGGUUCAAUACGCAACAUAAAUUGUAACAUGUUUUAUUGUCAUUGAGCCAUAUUCAGGAACCAAGAGCAGAACAAAUGUGUAAAUCAUUCGUACAAAACAU